AGCACCAGCCCCAGCCCGGCUCCCUCCAGAGCCCACAUUUGGGCCCAGCCCCGUCCAAGGCUGCAUCCCGGCCCUAUCCCGGGUCACGGAGUGACCCUUCCCCGUCCCGAUCACCCCGCCCGGUCCACCCGCCAUGAGCUUCUUAGAGGAGGAGGGCAGCUGGAACCUGUCCUUCUCUGGCGCCGGCUACCUGGGCGCCUACCACGUGGGCGCCACCGAAUGCCUGCGCCAGCGCUCCCCGCGCCUCCUCCAGGGCGCCCGCCGCAUCUACGGUUCCUCGUCUGGGGCGCUCAACGCAGUCAGCAUCGUCUGCGGCAAGUCGGUCGACUUCUGCUGCUCCCACCUCCUGGGCAUGGUUGGGCAGGUGGAGCGGCUGAGCCUAAGCAUCCUGCACCCGGCCUACGCGCCCAUCGAGCACAUCAAGCGGCAGCUGCAGGACGCUCUGCCCCCCGACGCCCACGUCCUGGCCUCCCAGCGGCUGGGCAUUUCGCUGACCCGCUGGCCUGACGGACGCAACUUCUUGGUCACUGACUUCGCCACCCGCGAUGAGCUCAUCCAGGCCUUGGUCUGCACCUUAUACGUUCCUUUCUACUGCGGGCUGAUACCCCCCGAGUUCAGAGGGGAGCGCUACAUCGAUGGGGCUCUGAGCAACAACUUGCCCUUUGCGGACUGCCCCUCCACCAUCACGGUGUCGCCCUUCCGUGGGACAGUGGACAUCUGCCCCCAGAGCACCUCCCCCAACCUGCAUGAGCUGAACGUCUUCAACUCCAGCUUCCAAAUCUCCACUGAGAACUUCUUCCUGGGGCUCAUAUGUCUCAUACCCCCCAGCCUCGAGGUAGUGGCUGACAACUGCAGACAAGGCUACCUGGAUGCCCUGAGGUUCCUGGAGAGACGUGGACUCACCAAGGAACCAGUGCUAUGGACGCUGGUGUCUAAGGAACCCCCAGCCCCGGCUGAUGGAAACUGGGAUGCUGGCUGUGACCAACGCCGGAAGGGGGGCCUGUCUCUCAACUGGAAAGUGCCCCAUGUGCAAGUCAAGGAUGUACCCAACUUUGAGCAGCUCUCGCCAGAGCUGGAGGCUGCACUGAAGAAAGCAUGUACGAGGGAUCCCAGCCGGUGGGCCCGCUUCUGGCGCUCGGGGCCUGGACAGGUGCUGACGUACCUGCUGCUACCCUGCACACUGCCCUUCGAGUACAUCUACUUCCGCAGCAGAAGGUUGGUGGUGUGGCUGCCCGAUGUGCCGGCGGACUUGUGGUGGAUGCAGGGCCUGCUGAGGAACAUGGCCCUCGAGGUUUUCUCCAGGACCAAGGCCCAGCUCCUUGGGCCCAUCAGAUUUUUGCUCACGUGGUGCUAAAAUCCAACUGCCUGCGUCUUCCCCAUGGAUCCCAGCUCUGCACCCUGGACCCACAGACUCUGCUUGCUCUGCCUGCCUGGGGAGAGGGGACGAAGGGUGUUGAUCUUCUGAGGUCACUCUUCUCCAUGGUGAGCAGCUCACACCUUACAACCACUCCUCAGGGACAUCGCCAACCCAGUGAUGCUGUUCAGGGAGCUCCAGCCCCAUACCCUGAGUUUGUUCACAACCUUCUGGGAGCAUGGAGUCCAGCAGUGCCCCAGAGGUGAUAUGACCAGUACUGUUUCUAAAUUGUCUUUCACCUCCCACCUCCUGACCACUGCCUCUAUUAAUGUAGCCUCAGAAUGAAUGAGCUUGACCUGGCUUAUAGAGCCAUCAUCUACCAUUGGUGUCAUGCCCUUCCUGGAGCCUAGAGGUGGCCCAGCUGACAGCCUAGGAACCGAGCCAGGUCAGAAUCCCCAGCUUGUUACCAGGAUCCUCCUGACACAGCCCCACAUUAUGGAGCAGAAAAGGGAUCCUGGGCUCUGAAUUCAGGCUGACCUGGGUUUGAGUCCCAUCUCUAGAAGUCAGCAUUGAUGUGACCCAGGGAAAUUCCUCACCUCUCCAGGCCUCAGGCCACUCUUGGAUAGAAUGGAGAUGAUAACACACGCCUCAUGGAAUAUUUACUUGAUAAAAUUAAGUGCUCAUGGCCGGGCACGGUGGCUCACACCUGUAAUCCCAGCACUUUAGGAGGCCAAGGCAGGCAGACCACUUGAGGUCACGAGCUCAAGACCAGCCUGGCCAACAUGGUGAAACCCCGUCUCUAUUAAAAAUACCAAAAUUAUCCAGGCAUGGUGACGGGCACCUGUAGUCCCGGCUACCCAGGGGCCUGAGGUACGAGAAUUUCUUGAACAUGGGAGGCGGAGGUUGCAGCAGGCCGAGAUGGUGCCACUGCGCUCUAGCCUGGGCGACAGAGUGAGACUCUGUCUAAAAAAAAAAAAAAAAUUAAGUGCUUACUGCAGACUACAUCGAACGAUGGAGAUGACUGCUCAGAAAGGGGCAGUGGGGAGUGAAGCUGUGUCAAUUACAUUUCACAGCGUGCUGGGCACCAGACUGGGUGUGUCACCCGCUGGGGGCCUCCUGUGAGCCUCACAUCAGCCCCCGGGUGGAGAGUAGUCCAGGCCAAACACAGAAGAGUUGCCACUGGAGUCCAGACCUGUGUGAUGUCAGAGCUCUCUCUGGCCCCUGUAUCAUGGUCUCCCACCAAGUCUGCUAAAGUUCUGGGUCUUCCACCCUCUUCUUUCCCCUGGUAUCACAGCCAGAAACCUCUCUGAGCCCUGGAGCCCUGGAGCCCUGGAGCAGCCCUGGAGCCCUGGAGCAGCCAUGGCGCCCGUUUGUGGGCCACAUUCCUGGGCCUGCUACGAGCCUCCCUGCCUGGCUUUCUGAGCACCAGUUGUGUGCUGGGUGUUUCCUGCUGCCUGAGGCAGAUCCCUUCCCCAAGGAGCUCCUAUGCCUUUAAUGCUGUCUCCAUGGAGGUAACAGGUAAUGCAACCCUCACAAGUACACAUCACCUUGCAGUUUACAAAGCCCAUCAUCUAAAUCUCACUGCAACCCUGAGAGGUAGGCAUUAUCCUCCCCAUUUUAUGGGUGAGGAAACUAAAGCUCAGAGAGGCAAGUGGCUGAUCUAGAAAUGCCCAAGUCUGUGCUCCGGGCAACAGAAAGAUCCCCGACUAUCACAGCUUCAUUGUGCACCUGCUCUAGGACACUGAGCAAGUCUUUUCCUCGAUCAGCUCCUCAAUUUCUUGUCAUGAAAGUCAAGGGUUGGAAUAGCUGGUUUCUAAAGAGCCUCCAGCUCCUCUCCGAGCCCAUAACACAUGUAAUAAAUGCCACCAUGUCAGGGGAAGGAGAAAUGAUUUCAGGACGGGAUUAGCCACAGAGGAACUAGUUUCUGAACUGGGUCUUUAUGGAUACUAGAAUAUGAGUUGGCAGGGAAGUCGUUCUGGAAGGGAAAGUGCAAGUGCAAAUGUAGGAGGGGGGUGACCCAUAGUAAAUUAAACUGACAAGGAAUCUGAGGCUAAGAGAGCUGAGGUUCCUUGUCUCGGGUUAUACAUUCAAUGGUGAAGUUUGCAUUCAAGCCCAGGGUAGGCUGUGCUUCCGCUGUCUGGAUACUAGAAUUCUGGGUCAAAAUACUGAUGCUGAGGGCUCUUCUGCAGAGAUUCUAAUGUAAUUAAUCUUGACCUAGACCUGUCUUGGCAGGAGUGUGCUUGGGGCCUGUGGUUCCUGAGCACUGGUGUCCUUGGGGACCACCCCAUUGAUAUGACCACCUGCCUGAGCCAGUGCCCUGUGCUUCAGACUUGCUCCAUGUCAUCUGUGGGAAGGGGGCUGCUAUAUGCCCAUCUGUAGCUGGAAUCACGUGAUGCUAGUAAAGUGCUGUCUGCCCUAGCCCUAUGUCCUGGUGUAUUAGUCUGUUCUCAUGCUGUUAUGAACUAUCUGAGACUGGGUAAUUUAUAAAGGAAAGAGGUUGGCCGGUGGUGGUGGCUCACACCUGUAAUCCCAGCAAUUUGGGAUGCUGAGGUGGGUGGAUCACCUGAGGUGAGGAGUUAGAGACCAGCCUGGCCAACAUGAUGAAAUCCUGUCUCUACUUAAAAUAUAAAAAUUAGCUCGGCAUGGUGGUGGGCACCUGUAAUCCUAGCUACUCAGGAGGCUGAGGCAGGAGACUUGCUUGAACCUGGGAGGCAGAGGUUGCAGUGAGCCGAGAUCGCUUCACUGCACCACUCCAGUCUGGGUGACAGAGCAAUUCUUAGUCUCAAAAAAAAAAAAAAAAAACAAAAAAAAACAAAAAAAAGGGAAAGAGGUUUAGUUGACUCACAGUUCUGCAGGGCUGGGGAGGCCUCAGGAAAGUUAUUACAAUUGUGGCGGAAGGGGAAGCAAACAUGUCCUUCUUCACACGGCUUCAGGAAGGAGAAGUGCUGAGCAAAAGGGGGAAAAGCCCCUCACAAAACCAUUAGAUCUCAUGAGAACUCACUCACUAUCAUGAGACAGCAUGGAGGUAACCACUCCCAUGAUUCAAUUACCUCCCACCAGGUACCUCCCAUGACAUGCGUGGAUUAUGGGAACUACAAUUCAAGCUGAGAUUUGGGUGCGGACACAGCCAAACCAUAUCAUUCCACCCCUGGCCCCUCCCAAAUCUCAUGUGCUCACAUUUCAAAACACAAUCAUGCCUUCCCAACAGUCCUCCAAAGUCUUAAUUCAUUCCAGUAUUAACCCAAAAGUCCAAGUGCAAAGUCUCAUCUGAGACAAGGCAAGUCCCUUCCGCCUAUGAGCCUGCAAAAUCAAAAUCAACUUAGUUAUUUCCUAGAUACAACGGGGGUACAGGCAUCGGGUAAAUACAUGCAUUCCAAAUGGGAGAAAUUGGCCAAAACAAAGGGGCUCCAGGCCCCAUGCAGGUCCAAAAUCCAACGGGGCAGUUAUUAAACCUUAAAGUUCCAAAAUGAUCUUCUUUGACUCUAUGCCUCACAUCCAGGGCACACUGAUGCAAGAGGUGGCAGCUUUGCAUCCCAUGGCCUUGGACAGCUCCACCCCUGAGGCUUUGCAGGGUACAGCCCUGCUCCUUGCUGCUUUCAUAGGCUGGUGUUGUGUGUGGCUUUUCCAGGCGUACAGUGCAAGCUAUCGGUGGAUCUACCACUCUGCAGUCUGGAGGAUGGGGCCCUCUUCCUACAGCUGCACUAGGCAGUGCCCCAGUGGAGACUCUGUGUGGGGGCUCUGACCCCACAUUUCCCUACUGCACUGUCCUAGCAGAGGUUCUCCAUGAGGACUCCACCCCUGCAGCAGACUUCUGCCUCAACAUCCAGGCCUUUCCAUACAUCCUCUGAAAUCUAGGUGGAGGUUCUCAAACCUCAAUUCUUAACUUCUGUGCACCAGCAGGCCCAACACCAUGUGGAAGCUGCCAAGGCUUGGGGCUUGCACUCUCUGAAGCAAUGGCGUGAGCUGUACAUUGGCCCCUUUUAGCCACAGCUGGAGUGGCUAGGACUCAGGGCACCAAGUCCCAAGGCUGCACACAGCAGGGGGGCCCUGAACCUGGCCCAGGAAACCAUUUUUCCCUCCUAGGCCUCCGGACCUGUGAUGGGAGGGACUGCCAGGAAGGUCUCUGACAUGUCCUGGAGACAUUUUCCCAUUGUCUUGAUGACUAACAUUUGGCUCCUUGUUACUUUUGCAAAUUUCUGUAGCCAGCUUGAAUUUCUCCCCAGAAAAUGGGGUUUUUCUAUCACAUCAUUAGACUGCAAAUUUUCCAAACUUUUAUGCCCUGCUUCCUCUUGAACACUUUGCUGUUUAGAAAUUUCUUUCACCAGAUACCUUAAAUCAUCUCUCUCAAGUUCAAAAUUCCAUAGAUCUCUAGGGGAGGGGCAAAAUGCCACCAGUCUCUUUGCUAAAGCAUGGCAAGAGUCACCUUUGCUCCAGUUCCCAUGAAGUUUUUCAUCUCCAUCUGAGACCACCUCAGCGUGGAUUUCAUUGUCCAUAUCACCAUCAGCAUUUUGGCCAAAACCAUCCAACAAGUCUCUAGGAAGUUUGAAACUUUCCUACAUAUUCCUGUCUUCUUGGCCCUCCAAACUUCCAACCUCUGCCUAUCACCCAGUUCCAAUGUCUCUUCCACAUUUUUGGGUAUCUUUAUGGCAGCAUCCCACUCUCUGCGGUACCAAUUUACUGUAUUAGUCUGUUCUCACACUGCUAUAAAGAACUACUCAAGACUGGGUAAUUUAUAAAGCAAAGACUCAGUUCAGCAAGGCUAGGGAGGCUUCAGGAAACUUACAAUCAUGGCAGAAGGGGGAGCAAACACAUCCCUCUUUACAUGGAAGCAGGAAGGACAAGUGUGGAGCAAAAGGGGGAAAGCCCCUUAUAAAACCAUCAGAUCUUGUGAAAACUCACUAUCAUGAGAACAGCAGUAUGGGAGUAACUGCUCCCAUGAUUCAAUUACCUCCCACUGGGUCCCUCUCAUGACACUUGGGGAUUAUGGAAACUACAAUUCAAGAUUUGGGUGAGGACACAGCCAAACCUUAUCAUCUGGCUAUACUAGUCAUUCCCAGGCAGAGGCCUCAACUCCUCUGAGCAUAGCAUCCCACCCAUAAAUCUAAUCAUGUACACUAACUGGAUAUUUAGUGAUGUAAGGGAAAAAUCAUUACUUCUUAGAUGUGUUAAUGUAUUGGGAAUAUGUUUUCAAAGAGCUCUUAUCCCUUGGAGAACCAUACUGAAGUAUUUAUGAAUGAAAUUACAUAAUACAUGGGGUUCGCUUCAAAACAAUCUGGAUAUUUGGGAGAUGAUAAAACAUGAAGUGAUAAUAGUUGAUACUGGGUGAUGAGUAUAUAGAACUUCAUUGUCAUUUGAAUGAUGUGUAAAAAAAUAGAAGUUUAUUAUACCAUUCCCUCUAAUUUUGGAUGUGUUGACAUUUCUAUAAUCAACAAGUUCUUAAUCCUAAAAAUUUGAUAGUACAUACAGAUACUUAUCGAUGAAGAGUCAAACGCUGUAAAAUAUUUGAAGUGAUUUAUUCUGUGCCAAAUAUGAGUGAUCAAUGGGCUGUGAUGCAGCCCUUAGGAGAUCCUAAGAACAUGUGCCCAAUGUGGUUGGGCCACAAGUUGGUUUUAUACAUUUUAGGGAGACAUAAGGCAUUAAUCAAGACAAGUAAGAUAUAUAUUGGUCAGGAAAGGCAAGACUAGAAGCGGCUGGGUGGGGGCUUCCAAGUCAGAGGGCAGUUUCAAAGAUUUUCUGACUGGCAAUUUGUUGAAAGAGUUAUUAUCAAUAACAAGGAAUCAAUAGAAAGGAAUAUCUGGGCUAUGGUA